AUGCUGGCCUUCAGCACCAAGGAGUCGUCCAAGUUUAACAUCGUGGUGACAGCCAUAAACCUGGCCACCAUCCUAAUUGUGUUGCUUGCUGCAUUUCCCCACGUGGACAGCAGCAAUUACGAGCCCUUUGCGCCAAAGGGGUUGACAGGGCUGUUCAAUGCGGCAGCCGUUGUGUUUUUCUCAUACAUCGGGUUUGACACAGUGGCGACGACAGCAGAGGAGGUGAAGAAUCCCAAGCUGGACCUGCCGAUCGGGAUCGUUGGGUCUCUGGGCGUGUGCUCAGUGCUGUACAGCCUGAUGUGCCUGGCCAUCACAGGCCUUGAGAAAUACAGCAAGAUUGAUAUCAAUGCACCCUUCUCUGAGGCGUUCAGGGACAUUGGUAUUGGUUGGGUAGGUAGAAUUGUGUCCGUUGGUGCAGUGGCAGGGAUCGUCACGUCCCUACUUGUGAACCUCAUGGGCCAAGCGCGGAUAUACAUGGUGCUUGGACGAGAAGAACUGAUUCCAUCUUGGAUCGCAAGGAUCGAUCCCCAGCGCUCCACGCCCUUGCGUGCCACAAUGGUCACCAUGUGCACCGCAGGCAGCCUGGCCCUCUUCCUCGACAUUGAGAUCCUUUCGAGCCUGGUGUCUAUGGGCACCCUCUUCGCCCUUGGUCUCGUUUCCCUUGCUGUCAUCGUCCGCCGCUACCACAGGUCUGGCGACGCAGAAACGUUCUGGCCCGUGGCUGUUCGGGUGGGCGUGCUCCUCUUCGGCGCGUUUUUUCAGGGCCUGGCGUUUGAAUUGAAGUGGCACCCGGUGGCCAAUGCGAUUUUUCUGGUGGUGUGGCUUGUGGGGACCCUGUCGCUCACCCGCCUGUCCGUGGCAUACGAGCCACUCUCCUUCAGCGUGCCACUCAAGCCACUGACACCCAGCCUGGGCGUCCUGUUCACGCUGCACCUGAUGUUCAGCCUGGGGCGCGGAGCUUACCUAUUGUUUGGGUCCCUGCAGGUGGUGGGCGCCGUGGGGUACGUCCUGUACGGGAUGCACAGAAGUCAGGGCGACGGACCAGUCGGGGAGGUGAGAAUGAGUAAGUUACCCUCGUCUGAAGACUGGAGAGGAGCGAGAAGCGAGCGCGACGACAGAAAGCUAAUGGCGGGCUUCGCUGGGACGUCGGACGAGGCAGUCAUGCCGGGGGAGUGGGACGUGCACGUGGGCCGGCCUAAGCCGGGGGUCCGCCUGUAG